UGAGGCCCAAUACGGAGUCGCUCCCUCUGGCGGCAGCCUGGAUCAGCGCGUGCGCCCAACUCGGGCUCCCCAGCAGUAGGCGAGGGGCGACGCCUCGAGGUAAAACCGAGGAGGUGCAGAAGGCGGACUCUGCUCUGGCCCAGUCGUCCUGGCGAAGCGGAGACUCGCGGUCACCGGGGGCACGUGCCAUGGCGGAGGAGCAGGAGUGCGGUACCGUGGCGUCAGGCUCUGCCUGUCAGGCGGCAGCAACUGCGGAACCUGCGGUGUCGUCAGCGGAGGCCGCCGAGGUGGUCGCACGAUCCCCGAAGCCGGAGGACUGCAAUAGCAAGUGCGUGUUCUGCCGGAUCGCGGGGCGGCAGGAACCGGGCGCGGAACUCCUCUACUGUGAGAAUGAAGACCUAGUAUGCUUCAAAGAUAUCAAACCAGCAGUGUCUCACCAUUAUCUUGUGGUACCAAAGAAGCAUAUUGGAAACUGCAAAGAUCUAAGAAAAGAGCACAUAGAACUGGUUGAGAACAUGGUAACUGUUGGAAAAACUAUUCUUGAAAGGAAUAAUUUCACUGACUUCAAAAAUGUAAGAAUGGGUUUCCAUAUGCCACCGUUCUGUUCCAUUUCCCACUUACACCUUCAUGUUCUGGCACCAGUUGAUGAGCUUGGCUUCUUAUCAAAGUUAGUUUAUAGAGUGAAUUCCUAUUGGUUUAUCACAGCCGAUUGUUUGAUUGAAAAACUAAGAACAUGAAAAUGUCAACAGUGGAAGAUUUUCCUAAUCUUGGCUCAACAUAAACCAAUAUUUUGGUCCCUCUGAAGUCCAAUUACAAUUGUAAGGUUUGCUGAGUUUUAUGAGAGGCUAUUACUGUCAGCCUUAAAUCUUUUCUGAAUGUCUGUUUCCUGAGAUCUGUAAUACGGUUACAUGAAUACUUUGCCAUUGACUUCUUUGUUUUGUUACUUGUCUAGAGCACAAGAUAUUAUAGGUAAAAUCCCAAUAAAACAAAUUCUGUUAAUCAAGAAAGGCUUUGCAUUUUUUUGAAAAGUUCAAAUAGUUUCAUUUCUUAAUAGUCAAUUAUAAUAGUGAUUUACUUAUGAAUGCAUUGGUAUAGAAAGUACUUUGUUGGAGCAUUUUUACUAUGAAGGAGAAAAAGAAAUGAACUAUUUCUUGACAGUUCUAUAAUUUUACACAUAAAAUUUCAAAAUAAAGAGUGCCAUCAGACUACAUAGUGAUCUCUGAUUUUGCUAAUGGGGAGAUUUAUAUAUAUAUAUCACUUCUUACAUAAUUUCAGAUACUGGUUUUCAUAUCUUAAACCCCUGCACCUUUGUAAUAAAUUGGUCCUGAAAACUAUGUAGUAUCUAUAAAAUAAAUCCUAACAGUGAAUUUGUAAUCAAUUGGCAGUCCAAGAGAAUUCACUAUAAUGAAAUUUUACCUGUAAGAACAUAAAUGGAGAAGAAAAAUAAAAUGUUUGUAUCAAUAUACUAAAAUUGGCAGAAACUGUUGUUUAUUGCUUGCUUAUUGUACAAAGGAAAGUUAGAAUUAAAAAGUGGUUAGACCUAGCUUUUAUCAUUAAAAAGUUCUAAUUUGAAAGUAGAAAGAGACUUGGAUGAGAAAAUUUAAUUUAAUCACAAUGUUAAUAUUAUUGAAAUAUCAUUUUAUGAUAUAUUUCUUUAGGAAUUGUCCUUUGAUGCUGAUCUACACUAACAAUAGUGAUUGUGAAUGAAGAGUAGGUACUGAAGGCUAAUCCUGCAUUAUGCCAGUGUAUAAUCAUACUAUGUUCGUUAAUACAAAUGAACAUAAGAAUUUAAAGUAUGGAUAUUAGAAAUAGGCUGAGAUAACUUUUUCUUUUAUAUUUUUUGCAUAGUAUUAAACAUAACUUUAGGUAAUGAAAUACUUAUUACAAUGUUUAGUUAUAACAUCUGUAAUCAAAAUUGUUUAGUUCAUUUGUUCAUUUAUUCAUUCAGCAAACAUUUGCUAAGCAUUUAAUGUGUUCCAGACAGACACUGCCAGGAUCAGGAAAUACAAAAAUGAGAAAGGAUAGUCUGCCUUCAGUUAGUAAGACAAGGAUCAUACAAAACCAGUGAUUACAGUUUAGCUUGUUAAGUGUUGUAAUGGUCCACAGAAGAGUCUGGAGAGAGAAACACUUUUGAGAGCAGAUGGCAGUGACACUGAGUGUAAAAACUCAGUGUUAGGCAGGUAGACGGUGGAGGUGUAUGCUGAGAGACGUACUUACCUUGUGUUCUGCUUCCAUUAUUAUUUACUUUACAACUGAAAUGAAUAUCCAAAUUCCAUUUUAUUCAUUGGAGGUGGAGAUAAGUAUUUGGAAGCAGGUAUUAUGGGCUCUCAAAAUUAAAUUUCUAAGUUUUUCAGCACUGCUUUAAGUAGCUCACUUAGUACCUACAUAGAUUAGCAGUUACAAGUUUCCAAAAUCAGUUAAAAUAUGAUGAGAUUCAGAAAAGGAAUUUUUCAACAUGUGCAACAUGUAUUACAUGAACUUGGAAAGAUGUAACUGACUAUAUUAUGGUGAUAACAUAGAAGGUAUUUAAGGAAUUCUCAAAUGCCUUAUGGACCUCUUAAAAAGGUGAUUAACCGAUUUAUUUAAUUUAUAUAGACUUAUACCCCAUCAUAGUAAGUUUUUCUUCUUUGUUUUAGAAAACUCUUGGAACCUCACAUUUUUAGUGGUGGUUCUCUUUUACUUGUAAAGAUUAACAAUCAAAUUACUACAAUUAAAAUUUACUCAGCCUUUUCAGUAGUUUGAGUAUUUGGUAACUCUCUAGCUAUCUAUAACAUUAGUUCAGCACAAAGCUAAUUCAUAACCUGUCCUUAAAAUAUUUAAAGUAGUUUCUAGAGCAUUAUUUAGCAUGUUGUAGUCCUAUUUGCCUGUAAUUGCAGAACUGUAAAAUUAUUAAUAAUGAGCUAUUUCAAACUGUGCUUACUGAGCUAAAAGAAUGCUGAAUAAAUAUGGAAAAAUACUGUGUCAAAUUUUGCCUCUCUGGACUUUUUUUGUUUUAAGGACGAUGUUUUUUAAAACAGUUUUAGGCUCAUGCAAAACUGAGAGGAAAAUACAGAAAUUUUCCAUAUACUCUCUUCCCCCACACAUGCAGAUACUCUUUAAUUAUUAAUAUUCCCCACCAGAGUGGUACAUUUGUUACAAUUGAUGCACCUACAUUAUUAAUGCAUCAUAAUCACCCAAAGUCCAGUUUAUCUUAGGGUUCACUCUUGGUGGUAUACAUUCUAUGGGUUUGGACAAAUUUAUAAUGACAUGCAUCCAUCAGUAUCAUACAGGGUAUUUUCACAGCCCACAAAAUUCUCUGUACUCUAGUUUUCCCUCCUCCUUCAAGCCCUGGCAACCAUUGAUCUUUUUACUGUCUGCACAGUUUUGCCUGUUCCAUAAUGUCAUGUAGUUGUAAUCAUACAGUAUGUAACCUUUUCAGAUUGGCUGCUUUCACCUAGUAAUAUGCAUUCAAGUUUCCUCCAUGUUUUUUCAUGACUUGAUAGCUCAUCUCUUUUUAGCGCUGCAUAAUAUUCCAUUGUCUGUGUAUACCACAGUUUAUCCAUGCACCUGCUGAAGGAUAUCUUGGUUUCUUUCAAGUUUUGGCAAUUAUGAAUAAAGGUGCCAUAAAUAUCCA